CCGUUUUCAUUUCAUCUUGAAUUUUCAAACGCAUUUGUUAUAAUGUAAGCUAGAUAUUUAAAAAUAUUUUAUUGACUCAAAAUGGUCGACGAGUGAGAACGUCGUGUAGCGCCCGGCUUUGAGUGAUUGCCUCCAUUCAAUCGCGAUAGCUCGCAGUUCUCGUCGAAGCCACCGGGCGGCAAUAAGGAGCACGUCGGAAGCAGGAAGAAGGGACGUGUCGUUGGAACUUAUCGUUGUUUUCCUUUUGCCGAGAGCGUGUCCCGAUCCAUUUCCGCUUUUAUUUCGCCAUGACGGCGGACGUGGAGGACGAGAGCCUUUUGGCGUGCGUCUUCCAGGACUGCUUCCCGGACAGCUGGAAGGACAAUGCCGAUCUGGCGGCCUACUUAUCGGAGCUCAGCUCGUUCGGCGUCGAUGAGUUGGGCCGCGAGGAGGAGCGGCUGGCGGAGGAGCGAGCGCGAGUCCUGGAGCAGACCCGACACUUGGCCUUCUCCGACUACCAGACCUUCAUCCGCACCGCAGACUGCACCGAGCGCAUCUACCGAGAUUUUGGCCGGGUGGAGGCCAGCGUCUCCCGCCUGCUUGAUAAGCUGCCCGCCCUCGCUCAUAGAUGCCGGAGGUUCGCUGAGGAGGCGGAGCAGAUGUCGGCGAGGCGCGCAACCAACACGCUGACGCUGAAGCGCCACACGGAGAUUCUGGAAAUCCUGGAGAUCCCUCAGCUGAUGGACACGUGCGUGCGCAACGCUUACUACGAGCAAGCGUUGGAGCUUGCCGCUUACGUGCGACGCCUAGACAACAAACACGGAAGCAAUCCUCUCAUUCAGGGUCUGGUACGCGAGGUGCGCGAAAGCUCCGGGCUGAUGCGGCUGCAGCUCCAGCAGCAGCUGCGCAGCGAGGCGCAGCUGUCGUCGUGCCUGCGCGCGGUGGGCCUCCUGCGGCGCGCCGACGCCCCGGACGAGGCCGAGCUGCGCGUCAAGUUCCUGCGGGCCCGCGGCGCCUGGCUGCGCUCGGCGCUGGACGCCGUCCCCGACGCCGAACCCUACGCGCACGCCAGCAAGAGCGCCGAGGCCGCCCGAGCGCACCUCUUCGACGUGCUGACGCAGUACCGCGCCGUCUUCUCCGAGCCCGGCCACGCCCCGCGCCCCACCCGCGUCCUCCGCGGCUGGCUGCUCGCCAAGGUGUGUGAGCUGACUGAGUCGUUAGAGCGUGACCUGCAGCGCGGGGCGUCGGCCCGGCUGGACUCGCUGGCGCCGCAGUGCAUGUACUUCGGACUGUCCUUCGGCCGAGUGGGCGCCGACUUCCGGGGCAGGCUGGCAGACAUUUUCCCACGGGCGGCGGCCGAGGCCUUCGGUGCGGCGGCACGGGAAGCAGCCGAGGGCUUUCGCCGAGACCUGGGCGCGUAUACGCCUGCUCCCCCGCCACCGACGCCACCAGGGACGGCGGCAGCCCCGGUUGAAGGGACCGUCGCCCCGCCCCACACCCUGCUGGACUUUCCACCGCUGGCCCGCUUCCUCAACCGCAUUCUGGUGGCCUUCAACGACCUGCGCCUGUGCUGCCCCCUGGCGCUGGCCCGCCGCGUCACCCUAGACCUGCACCUAGCCUUGGCCGACGUGAGCGAGGAGCUGUCUGCGUUCCACCGCGCCGAGGAUUCGGCGUUGAGCGACGGCGAACGCAGCUUGUUUGCGCGCAUGUGCCGCACCUACGCCCGGGACCUUCUGCCCUUUCUGGACCGCUGCCUGCAAAUCCUCUUUCCUGCCCGACAGAUGGCGCUCAUUCUCGGUGUACCGGCAUCUGGUGCUGAGAAUGUGGCACGCGUGGACGUGGAGCGGCUGCUGGAGCCGCUGGACUUCUUGCCGCCUGAGGACGAGCCAUCCUCGGAAGAAAAAGCCACCGCCGUCGUCUCCCCGUGACGAAUCAGUCCCUCCUGACUUGUCACCUUGGAAGAAAUGUUAUGCAGCAGAAAAACAGCAGGUCAUUGUUUCGCCACCGACCCGGGAAUCGGACGUCAUUAGCCAAAAAGCUGCCAAGGAUGUUCCCGGCCAGCUCGCUUGGCGAUGCCCCCCAGAAAUUAAAGACAAUCCGUCAGUCGUCAAACAAGUUUGAGCCUUUAUUCAAAAUAAAAAAAGCAAAUUUCUCAAGUCAUGUCACACGGAGGAGGACUUAAGGGAAACGCCGCCAGGUGAAAAGUUAAAGUGCUUCUCUGUCCCGCCGUCUCGUCUCCACACGUCACGGGAUGGACAGCGUCUGCGCAAAAAAAAAUACCUGCACAUUAAGUUCAUGUCAAAAGUUUUUCAAUUUUUCAAUAAAUGUUUGAACUA